CUCUUUAGAAAAGAGAGAUGCAAAUUAAGAAGUGCCCAAGCGAUAGAGGAAAACAUGAACUCUGCUUGGAGAGAGAGAGAGAAGAGAGAGGGGAAGAUAAAGCGUAGAAGCAUACAAGAAGAAGAAGAAGAAGAAUACAUACACACGCGGAUAUACUAAUAUAUAUUAUAUUCCGAAAUAAAUAUAUAGAAACGUGAAGGGGACAAGCUUCCCUCUUGCUUUUGUUACCUUCUUUUGCUUUCUCUUCCGUACGGCACAUUCUUCUUCUCCUUCUUCUUUCUUCUUCUGCAGUGGUUCUCUUCUUUCGCUCGUAUUGUCGGAGUAAAUAUUUCGGGGAUAAUCUUUCGAGCGGUGGAGGAAACUGCAACUCGGAGAAUUGCCCCUUGGAAUGGGAAUAAGGGCCAAACGAGCGAGAUGACAUGGUGUAAUGAAUCGGAGGGUGAGAGGGGCAUUCAGAUCGUCUCGCGUCCUUUUGGAGACCAUGGCGAUGGUGUUACCGUUCGGAAUGUAACUUGCCCUUCCUGUGGCCACAACAUUGAAUUUGAGAACCAGACCGGAACAAUUCAUGAUUUGCCUGGUCUACCAGCCGGAGUAAAGUUUGACCCCAAUGAUCAAGAAAUUCUCGAACAUUUGGAAGCAAAGGUGGCGGCCGAUGCAAGGAAGCUUCAUCCUCUUAUUGAUGAAUUCAUACCAACCCUAGAAGGGGAGAAUGGCAUCUGCUAUACUCAUCCAGAGAAGCUGCCGGGAGUAAGCAAGGAUGGCCAAGUACGCCACUUCUUCCACCGGCCCUCCAAGGCAUACACGACCGGCACUCGGAAAAGAAGAAAGGUGCAUAGUGAUGAGGAUGGAAGCGAAACGAGGUGGCAUAAAACAGGAAAGACGAGGCCAGUUCUCAUUAAUGGAACAGUGAAAGGAUUUAAGAAGAUCCUCGUACUCUACACUAACUAUGGAAGGCAGAAGAAGCCUGAGAAGACGAAUUGGGUAAUGCACCAAUACCACUUGGGCAGCAACGAGGAAGAGAAGGAUGGUGAGAUGGUUGUCUCGAAGGUCUUCUACCAAACGCAGCCUAGACAAUGCGGGUCGAUAAUGAAAGAGGAGGUCGAUCAUAGAAAACUGAAGGGUCAUCAGGGUCUCCGUGAGAGUUGUAUAGCUGGAAGCACAAACAUUGUCGAGUAUUUUGGGAAUCAAGCUUAUAAUAACGUCUCUUUUGAUAGCCCGCCGCAGCUGAUACCGAACUUGGUUGUCCAUGGUGAUGGAUCAUCUUCAUUUCUACGGUUUACAACAGAUCUUGGUCCGGGUAAAGGAAAGAUGUCCUGAACAAACUGAUUCUACUACUAGUUGACCAAGUAUUUUAUGGUGUAGGCAUAUAUCGACCCGGCAAGUGCAGUACCUUGAUCCAGAUGGCUGUAAGCAAGUAUGUGCUCAUUGCUCAUGUGAUCAAUCAGAUACCAACUAGAUCCAUCUUGAUACAUAUAUAGACGGUCAGCUAACUAUAUAUACAACAUAACAAUGUCGUCAAAGUGGCUUCUCCCACCAAAAUCUGUGUUUAUCGGUCGGAAUGAGUUCUAAGUUAUAUAUCUGACAGACAGGAAUGGUGGUGGAAGAGACAAGCCAGGUUUCAUUUUCACGCCUCGACGCUGACAGAUUUGCUGGGGACUUUGGCCAUGAAUUUUCAAGCAUUCUUUCUCACAUUUCUUAGGAAGGAACAUAUGGAGUUGUUCACUGGAAUGGCAUUUACAGCACAUGUACUUUACAUGUAGAAAAUCAUCUUAGAUGGCAUUUGCAUAUACACAUGUAAUAACCAACGAGUAGCGUUUUAAUAGGUUUUGAUAAUUUGUCUAAUGUAAUAUGUUGUCUCCAAACGUUUCAAUUAAUAAAGAACUGAGAUUGAUUCUU